AUGAUAAAUCAGUUGAAGAAUUCAAUGAAGAGAGAAUUUGAAAUGACCGAUCUUGGAAUUCUGCAUUAUUUUCUUGGCAUGGAAGUGAAUUAUGAUAAUGGGAACAUCAUGCUAUCACAACAAAAGUAUGCAAGGAAUCUGCUGGACAAAUUCAAGAUGGGAAACUGUAAUGCAAUUUCAACCCCAUUGGAAUAUGGACUGCGAUUGUCUAAGGAAGAUCCAGAAGAUGAAGUAGAUCAAAAUUUAUAUAGAAGUCUGGCCGGAUGUCUUGUGUAUCUAACUAAUACCAGACCUGACACUAUGUUUGAAGUUAGCAAAAUAAGUCGGUUCAUGGAAAGACCAAAGAAAAGUCACUGGGAAACUGGAAAAAGAAUUUUAAGAUACAUAAAAGGAACAUUAAAUCACGGAGUCGUGUACUCAAAAGGUAGCAAAGGAAAACUGGUCGGGUUUAGUGAUAACAAUUAUGCUGGAAACAUAGACGACAGCAAAAGCACUUCUGGGUAUGUAUUUCAUCUAGGUUCCGGUGCUAUUGCAUGUCAAUCUAAGAAACAAAAGGUGGUAGCUUUGUCCUUAAUAGAGAUAGAGGCGGUUACCAAUCUAAUCCGUCGAGAUCAAGUUGCUGAUAUCAUGACAAAGCCAAUCAAGUUGGAAGCUUUUAUCAAGUUACGAGGUCUGUUUGGGGUCACAGAGAUAAACUGA